GGAGAAGAAGAAGAAGAGUGAGUGAGUGUGUGAGUGUGUGUGUGAGUGGUGCAGCCGCCGGGAGGCUUUUGAGGAAACGACAACAGAGAGCCAUCAUGUGAAAGAAGUUAACGUGGGAACAAAACGGACAAAAGGGCUGGAAUACGAGCGGAAGAGAAAGUAAAAGGGCGUGAGCGGAAUGUCCGUGGAUGUGAAGCCUGAAGCCCCCAUGUAUGUGUAUGAGUCGACGGUUCAUUGUACUAAUAUCCUCCUCUGCCUCAACGACCAGCGGAAGCAGGAUAUCCUGUGCGAUGUGACUGUCCUGGUGGAGGGCAAGGAGUUCCGCGGGCACCGGGCCGUGCUGGCCGCCUGCAGCGAGUAUUUCCUGCAGGGGCUUGUGGGCCAGGCGGAGAAUGACUUGGUCAUUAGCCUUCCUGAUGAGGUCACUGCCAGGGGAUUUGCCCCAUUGUUGCAGUUUGCCUACACUGCUAAGCUGUUACUCAGCAGAGAAAACAUCCAGGAGGUCAUCCGCUGUGCCGAAUUCCUGCGCAUACAGAACCUCGAGGACUCGUGCUUUCGCUUCCUGGAGGCUCAGCUGCGCAGCGAGGACGAUGGCUUGCUUCCCUACCACAAGGUGGCUGCAGAAGCAAACAACUCAGAGGAUGAGAGCAUGCAGUCAGAGGUGGAAAAGCCCACCUCCCCCAGGGUGCGGCGGUGUGCUGACGCCCUUACCUCUUUUCGACGCCCCGACAAUGAUCGGCUAGCAAUGUCUAUGCCCAGCAACUUCACGGAUGGCAGGCUGGAGUUUGAUGGCCAUGGAGUGUCAGACCUGCCACGAUGCCCCAAGUACAGGAAAUACCAGUGGGCUUGCAACAAGCACAAUAAUGACACCUCGUCACACACCAGUACCUCAGGUUUUCCAAGCACAUUAAAGGAGAGCAGCGUUAGCGGGGCAGUGCCAGGUCAGGGCAGGCUGCCUUUGGCACAGAUUAAAGUUGAACCACAGGCCGAGGAAGAAGCCAUCUCAUUGUGCCUGUCAGGGGAUGAGCAGGAUGUCAGGGAUAAGGACAGUGUCACAGCUAUGGAGAUGGAUAACCCAAUAUCUCUUGAAAGAACCAAGAGAACCAAGUCUCCAUCCUGCCUCCGAGCCCUCUUCAAGAAAGGGGUGGACGUCCCCAGCCUGCCCAACACAUCACAGCAGCUAUUCGCCAACAGACUUGUUUGCCCCCAGGACAAAGGAAACUCUCAGGGAGAUCAUAAAAAAGACUUCAGUCCUUUCACUGGGGAGCUGGGUCUGUCUCUUACAUCCCCAAAGGACAUGGACGGUUUCCCUGCAGGGUUGUCCCUCAAGUCCACUUCCUGUGAUGGGGUCUGCAAACAGGAGGUCGAGCUUGACCGUCGUAGUGUCAUAUUUUCCUCAGGGGCCUGCAACCGUCUGGGAACACCAGCGCAUUCCUACCCUGGUGGGAACUCUUUGGAGAUGGAGCUCGCCGAGCACAUGCCAAAGGGCCUGUGGGCUGGAUCUAGCCAGUCUCUCCCCACCUCCCAGAACUAUUCUCCCAGCACCACCUCCACUGAGCCUCCACUUCUAUGCCGCCCAAGGCCCAACACCAGCUGCCCAGUGCCAAUCAAAGUGUGCCCACGCUCGCCGCCUUGUGAGACACGUACCAGGACUUCCAGCUCCUGUUCCUCAUACUCCUAUGCGGAGGACGGCAGUGGAGGCUCUCCCUGUAGCCUGCCCCAAUUUGAAUUCUCCUCCUCACCGUGCUCCAACGUGGCACGCUGCCUCAAUGUGGACCAGCAGGAGCAAAGCGUGGGAGGGGAUGCCCUUUUUAACCAGGUGCAGCCCAAGAUCAAAUGUGAGCAGUCCUAUGGCACCAACUCCAGCGACGAGUCCGGGUCUUUCUCAGAGGGAGACAGCGAAUCCUGCCACGCACAGGAGCGGGGAACAGAGGUGAAGCUCCCUUUCCCCGUCGAUCAAAUCACAAAUCUUCCACGGAACGACUUCCAAAUGUUGGUGAAAAUGCACAAACUGACCUCGGAGCAGCUCGAGUUCAUCCACGACAUAAGGCGGCGGAGCAAGAACCGCAUCGCGGCACAGCGCUGCCGCAAGAGGAAGCUGGACUGCAUCCUGAACCUGGAGUGUGAGAUCAGGAAGCUGGUGUGUGAGAAGGAGAAGUUGCUGACAGAGAGGAACCAGCUGAAGGCGUGUAUGGGCGAGCUGUGGGAGAACUUCUCCUGCCUCUCCCAGGAAGUGUGCCGGGACGUCCAGCUGAGCCCCGAGCAGGUCCAGAGCCUACACCACUACUGCCCCGUGCUGCGACCCGCCGACUCCACUGCCAGCAACAACGCCGAGCCUCCCUGUAGCCCCGCCGCCGUCACCACCAACAACACCACCAGCAUCGACCUCACCACCCACUCGGGCUCGGCCACGCCGGAGCCGAGCUUCCACGGCUCGCCCGGCCCCUCCGAGAGCGAGCACGACGCGGUCGUCAGGAACGGGGCGGACAGAGACAUGGACGGCCAAGACGUCGGCUUGUACACAAAGUCAGUGCUGCCCAUGGAGAAAUCCCACCAGACGGUAACAGUUGAUUUUUGCCAGGAAAUGACUGACAAAUGUACGACUGAUGAGCAGCCGAGGAAGGACUGCACUCAGUAGUGGUGGUUCUCUGUGUGUGUUGUUGUUGUUUUUUUUAUUAUUAUUAUUUAAUUUUAUUCUCCUGACAAACCCUCUGUCGGGGUUGUUGAGAUGUCAGCCUCUCCCAGUGUUCACUGAAAAACAAGCUUUGUAUGUAUUUAUGUCUGGGGUUUUUUUUGUUUGGUUUCUAGUUUUGAACGGUUGACACUAAAGUUGUCUUAACAGCAGCAAUACUGUUCUCCAGGUAUUUUCCUCGUAUCAUGACAGAGUGGGAAAUUCUCACCAAACCUUUUACAAUGGUGCUACAUUCGGCCCAGCAGCAGCAGCAGCAGCAGCAGCAGCAGCAGCAGCAGCAGCAGCCUCUGCAGUGGAAACUCUGUUUAUCAUCACAGCUCAUACAGUUAAACCUCAUCGGACCUAAACAGCCACUCUCUCUUUCUGUGUGUGUGUGUGUGUGUGUGUGUGUGUGUGUGUACCAACAGCAUCUCUACUUCUGCCUUCCUCUCACAACUCUUUCUUUUUUUCCCACUCUGUCUUUUUAUCAAUCCUCUCUACCUCUCUCUCUCUCUCUCUCUGUCUGUCUGUCUUUCUCCUCUCACUCUAUCUUAGUGGCCCCUCUCGUCACAGCAACUCAAACUCAGGAAUAAGAAAGGAAAAUAAAAAAAUCCUCUGAAUGUUCAUCCUAAUUCAUGGAAAUACAGUUUCUGUACGCGAGGAAGUUACGAUGCAGUCAGACUGUAAAAUGUUCAUAUGCAAAAGAGAAAAAAAAAACAAAUGAUAAAAAACAAAAAAAAAACACACAACAAAAACAACAAUGUCUUCAAACAUCUCACAUUUGUAUUUCUGUACAGGAGAACUGAAAACAUUCCUUCUUUGCCUUCCUCAGCACUGAAUUGAAAGAAAAGAAAAGGUUUUUGCAGGUGGUUAAAUGACUAUUUUUUAUUUCCCACUCAUCAGCAAUACCAUUGUAUUUGGGUGUUGUAACAGUGUCUGACUUUCAAGUGCUUGUUUGGCAGAAAAUGUACAUAGUCUGGAGCAUGACGACUGUAAUUGUUGUUGUUUUUAUGUACAGGUAGAGGCUUAGAUGUUUCUUUUUUUUUUCCACCGGGGUUAUAUCAAGCACCUUUUUGCUUAGGGAAAAAAAAAGAUUUUUGUUUUCUUUGCUGUUUCCUGUCCUGCCUAAUGAAUAUUCCCCCCAUCAUGGUGGGUGUUCUUAUACUCAGGAAAUGAGCUUGACACACACACACACACACACAUAUAAAGACACUCACAUACACAAACACAUGCGCCGACACACGUGUAAAAUAGACCGCCGCCCCCUCCCCGUGCAUGUAUCAAGCCAGCUCCUCCUCCUCCACCUUUGACCCCUCUUUAAAUGUGAAAAAAGGAAUUUUUUGCCUUGUGUUUCUCGGAGUAAAUCUUAUUUCUUAUCAGUAUUUAAAGAUGCUACUCGUGUUCACUCUCGCAGACAUGCUUCGGGUUUCUUCAGUGUUCAUCGCGACGGAUGCUUUCUUUCUUUUUCUCAUAUUGAUCCUGCGUAAUGUCUAACAGCGCCUCUUGACAAACACUUUGUGUUUCUAAAAAAGAAAAUCAGUAAAUUUGAAUUUAUUCAGGCACUUUGUUUGCGAGCCUCUCAGCACUUCCAUUUGAUUGUUUCCUUUGUUUCAGCAAAUCUGAAACUGGAGCACUUAAACUGGCACUUCAAAAGGAAACAUCAACUUAAUAGGAUGAUUUGAACAUACAGGAACAAGAAGAAAACAAAACAGGAUGAUGAAGACGUAUCUGGAACUUAAAUGCAAGAGGAAUCUAAUUUCUUAGUGUAAGAGUGUUCACACACCUGUUUGUAUUGCUCUAGGAUUUGAAUAAGCUCAUUCUGAAUCGAUGUGACGUGGAAGCGGCGUCCGUGGAGCCUGAGCGAUGGAGCUGCGGGUCGCGUCAGAUACAAGUGACAUCAUUGUGCGUUUGUUUGAACAUCUGCUUCGUGAUGUGCAUGCAUGCUGCCUUUAUAGCUGUAAGCUUAGUUAGUUUGCCGCGCACAGUUCUCUCUCUGGAGCCGUCUGCUUUUUAUUUUAUUUUUCCAAUAUAAAUAUAUACAUAUAUAUAUAUAUAUAUACAUAUAUAUAAAAAUAUAAAUUUCUAUGUAUAAAAAAGAUGAAUUUCCUCAACUCUCACUGGAAGCUGGCUUUAAAGUCCAAUCAGGGCUGCGCUCCGGUGCAAAGGUGGAGUUCAAUUGGACUGUGAAGCUUUGUUCGUUGCCCUCCUGUAUUUAACUUCAUAGAGAGAUUACACGACCGCGUCACCUGUGGGUUUACCACACUUCCAUGAGCCUCAGUCCCUCAGUGUCGUCUCUCUGUGCAGAAUUUACUGCAUUUACUACAGUGCUUUUUAGGGUUUAACAAUGUUAAACACAUAGACUUUUACACAGUAACAAAACACGUGCAGAUUUAUAUAUAUAUAAUAUAUAUAUUACAUGAAAGAGAUCCCCAAACUUACUUCCUCAGAAAUUAUAAUCUCUUCUUUGAGGGAGACCUGAUAACAAAAUAAAAUUAAAACAUAAAUGAAUCAAAACAGUAUAUUAAAAAAAAAGGCAAAAGGUCGACAAAUACACAAUACCAUGUCCAGCUUAGAAGUACCUUAAUUACCUUAAUUCACCAUAAAUGUAAACAGACAUUAAUUCUGUCAUUUUGAUCAUAAUUGAGAAGCCAUAUGUUGGGUUUAGAAUACAUGUAUUGUCAAUAUGUACAUUUAAAAAAUGAGACAUCAUAGGAAACAAAGAUUAUGUUUUUAAAAUGUUGGUAAAAGGGGAGAAAUUUUAUAGCUACCUGUAAAACCUCCAAUGACCACCAGGGGGCAUUCAAAUCAAAAAGCACUGUAGUAAAUACUGUGGACGGAAACCCCCUUCUCUUAAAUGGGGCUUUAAAGGUCCAAUGCAACUAUUUUGAAGUUUUACCCCCUCAUGUUUUUACUGAUGUAAAUUUUAGACUUUAAAGCCGUAGUUUAGAUUAUGAUCUGUUGUUCUCACGCAAGACGAACAUUGUAAGUGUAUUUCGUAAACCUGUCUUUAAGGACAUGGUUUCUAUUUUGUAAAGUACAUAGACCCACACACACACACACACACACAUGCACACAUACAGUACAUAUGAUAUAUUCAUAUAACACACACACACACACACACAGUGGUAGCACAGCCUGGGUGCAGAGCAGUGGUGAUUCUUUGUCGACUGGUGUAGUUUCUACGCCUUUUUUUUUUGUUUGUUUGUUUACUUUUGUUGCUUUUGUUUUUCGUUCUUGUAACUGAAUCAGAACAGUAUUUAUCCACGAGGAGAUUUCUACCAGGUGAAAGCCAGAAAUUGUAAAUGGAGCAGAAGCUUUCUUCUCUUUAAACCCUAUCUAUUUGUGUGCUUUUACUUUUGUUCGAUCUGAAAUGGAUGAACCCUGGUUGUUGUUGUUGUUGUUGUUGUUGUUGCGGCGGCGGCGAGCACAGACUCUUUGACUUGAUGUUUUUUUUGGUUUUUGUGUUUUUUUUUCUGCCCGGAGAAAAUGAAUUCAUGAAGUUUGUAAGUCUCAAAGGAAUCUUGAGCAUCUCCUCUGAUGUGCUACAUCAUCACAUCUGUGUUUACACAUUUCUAUCAUAACUGACCCCUGAGAAUACUGAAGGAUGAAGGACCAGACGUCUUUGAAUCACACUCUCCAGGCUGAAAAGCUGUUUUUAUUUUUGUAAAUCCUGACCUCCUUGCUCUUUGAGUCUUGCUCCAACACAGAAUUUAUGCUUAAACUAUAAUCCUCCAUCCAUCUCCAGCUUCAGUCGUGGGAUUAAGUCCAUGUCAGCGAUGUCUGCAUCUCAAUAUUCAGGUUUACAUCCUGGAGACAUAUCUGUCUCUUGAGAUUUCUCCCCCCACCACCACCACUCCAGUAAUGUUAACACGACGGUGUGUUGUGGCGUCGAAAUCAGAAAUCUCCAAUUAUCUCAGAGCUUUUGACAAAAUUGUGGCAAAAACUGAAUAUUGCAAGUGGGGGAAAAAAGUGUUUAUAUGUCAUUUGGGUGAACUGACACUUUAGUUUCUCAGGGCACAAAGCGCUCAGCGAUUCGCUUUUUCUCAAGAUAAAAUGAUUUUAAGAUUUUGACCACAUGGGGGCAGCCUAUUCUCACUUUGUGGUUCAAAUGUUUAGCAAAGACUUGCUUAUUUACACGGCCCACAGAAUUAGUCCCAUCAGUGAUGAAUGUAAGUCUUAUAUUCACUCCUCUCUCUCUCUUUUUUUAGCUCUGUUUUAGUCUCCACCACCUCCUGAGAUAAAGCAUAUGGCUCUUUAUAUGCUGCUACGUUCACCAGCUAACUUCCUCCAUGCAGUGUCGCUGUUCAUAAUCACAACUAUGGAUUAGUGCAACUUUAAAAUUACGUUAAAGUAAUAAUACCAGCUUUUAAAAACCACCAAAUAAUGAAUCAAAUACUUGGAUUUAGUGAAUCCUAAAGGAAUUUUGGUGCAGACCAGACUCUUUUUAUAUAUAUAUUCGUAGCCAUUACAACAGAUUUAAGUGGACAGUUUUGCUCAUCUUUUUUUGCCAUGUUUUUUUUUAGUUUAUCUUUUAUUUGUUGCUGCUUCUCUGAAACAAACACUGGCUUUUCAACUCCAAAGGUUGUUCUAUAGAAGAAUAUGAACAAAAAAAUAACAUGCCUUUCUCACAAAACUGCUCUCAAACUUUAUUGAGAUAUGAAAGAAAAACAAAAUCUGGUACCCUGGUGGAAUGUGCGCAUGCAGGCUGAGCUCAUUGAAGAUAGAAAAAGAAAAAAUAUGAAAUAUGUUUACAAAUAGGUGUCAUGUCAUGUAAGAUCGAUUCUUGCCAUGUUAAAAAAAGAAAAAAGAAAUCACUCGGUUCAAUUCGACUGGCUCUUGGUGUUGGUGUAAAAAAAAAACGAGACAAAGAAUGGGUUUUUUCCCCCUCACCUUGUCUUUAAUUCAACUUCUGGGAUGGGUUCGCAUUACAUGACUUCAAGUGCACCUCCGAUAUUUGCCUUAGUACGUGCAGAGGCCACAGUUCACAUUCAAGUGAAGUGAGUGUAUGCAGGGGCCCCGGGGCCCCAUCCCUGAGUCACCAGUGCGGACUUUCUCACACUUAUCUACCUGUGAAAUCCUUCAUACCUCUCAUAACUGGUCAAUGACUGUAUCAGCAAAAGUGCAUCAGGUGUUUUUUCUACAUGCUUUUUACACAGAUUAUAUGGAUUAUUGUAUUAGUCAAUUUUGGUGCAUCAUUUUUAAUGUAAUAGCUCUUAAGCUCGUAGUUCAAGUUGUUGUUUUCUCUCUCUCUCUCUCAUUUUUUUUCUAGAUGACUGUUUUGUGUUAAUAUUGUCGAUUCAAAAAAAUAGCUGUUAUUUGCUUAUUAUUCUCUACUAAGAGUUCUUACCUUUAUAAUUUUUUUGAAAUGCUACAUGACCCUAAUGAAUUGAAAUGACUUAAUAACCAUUGUAAAUACGGUAUUGUGCAAACCCGAUUUUCAUUAAUUUCAAUUGCUAGUGUUAUCUAAACAACUUUUUUUUGUCUAGACA